AUGUCAGCCGUCCUCUCACUGCUGUUAUGUGGCUGCAAAGAGGGAGACAUGUGCAAAUCUGAUUUCAAGUCUGGCGAUGCGCCUGACAGGAUUCAGAUUCAGAUUGCUUCUGCGAGCAAGUCAACCCGUUCCGCAAGCACAGUGCAUUCGGACC